AUGACCCUAAUUCAAUCCCACCGCUCCUUAACAGCAAGCAUCUCUGAAACCUCCACCCUCCCACCCGCCAUCUACGAACGCCUCCUCCUAACCCACGCCACCAGCAUCGAAUUCCUCCGCCAGUUCUACACCGCUUUCAACUCCGGCGACCCACAACGAGUAACCGAGAUCGAAUCUCUUUCGGGCAGUCUGGUUAAUGCGACCGCGCGUAUUACUGCUAUAGCCAAAGAUGCGGAGGCGGAGCGGAAUGGGAUUAUAGAGAGGUUGGGGCGGGAGGCGAAGGAGAUGGCGCGGCUCAAGGGGGAGGGCAGUAAAGUGCGGAAAAUCAAUUUGGAUGCUGUGCAGGGCGGUGGGGAGGUGGUGAGGGAGCUGAUGCAGCCUAUUUUGGAUGGGUUGCUUCGAGCUGGCGAGACGUACAGACGGGCGGUGGUGGAGCAGAGUAGGGAUGGGGGAGGGGGGACGCCGCAGCCUGUGUGA